GGUGACAGGACAUCUGAAAAGUGCUAUUUCUGAUCAGAAAUUGUUGUCAAUAUUUGAAGUGUACGUUUCUUUGUGGUGCUGUUACUAAAGCGUAUGAUAAAGCCGUGGUUCUUUUGUUCGCUCAGCGCGACUUGGCAGCUCCCAGUGGCACUGACAUCAUCAGUAUUUUUUGCGCUCUCAAGAGGAGGUUUAGGUUGUGGUCUGUCGCGUUGUCUUCAGGUUGUCGACCGUACGAGCAAGAAAGGUGAAGAAACCGAGUGAGCCAGCGUCGCGGCGUAAGUGCGGGUCCUUGUUCCGGUCAUCGACGCCGCUGCCACGCGACCGUGCGACCGUCAUGCCAGCGCUGGUGGAACGUCCCAAGAUGAGCAUGGCCAUGUGGGCCGCGCUCAAGAACCACAUUAUGCGACAACGCGAGAAGAAAAAGCAGGAACAGGAGGCCGACGCUGCCACGGAGCGGGUACGACGCGAGCGGGAACUGAAGCGUCGCCAGGACGCGAUGACGCUCGAGGAGAUCCGCGACCAGGUGCAGCAAUCGGAGAAGAAGCUGGUCACCCUCAAGGAGGAGAAGCACCAGCUAUUCAUGCAGCUCAAGAAGGUGCUGCACGAAGAUGACACCCGCAAACGGGCUCUCGUGAAGGAGGCCAACGAGAUGGCAGCGCUCAACCACCAGUACCUUCAGCAGCAGCACCACAACGCCGCAAUGCAGCAGCACGCUGCGGCAGCUGCAGCGGCGGCUGCCGCUGCCGCGGCGAGCCCACAACACCUCUACAUCCAGGAAAUGAACCGUGCGCACUCAAUGUACAAGUUGGCGCAACCAAUUCCGCAGAAUCCUAGCGUACUGCAUCGCGCACCGCUCAAGAGACCGCUGACCCCGUCUCCUCCGCCUCCGUCGUCGCAAGCCGCGACAUCGUCGUCUUCCCAGCAGCAAGCGACACCGCCUCAGUCGGGCUUCUCGCCGCAACAGCCCUACGCGUACAAGGCCCAGAUUCCAGGCUCGGCGGCGUACGGGGCUCCGAAACUGAUUCCGGCGUACGCGCCGGGCCACGGCCCCAUCUACUACGCACACGUGCCCGGUCAAGGAUCCGUGCCAACAGCCAUGGCACCCGCCGCGCCCGUGCCCUAUCCGGCGUAUCCGACGCCGCAGUUCCCGCACCACCACGCCGAAUCGGCGGCGGCGGCCGCCGCUGCGGCAGCUGCCGUCGCCAAGCAGCAGCAGAUGGUGGCCACGCACAACUUCCACCUCGCCCACCAGCAACAGCAAGCCGCCGCCGCGCAGCAGCAGCAGCAGCAGCAACAGGCUGCUGCCGCUCAACAGCAGCAGCAGCAGCAGCAGCAGGCCGCUGCUGCUGCUGCGGCGGCAGCUGCCGCGGCCGGGUAUCCCGGAGGGCCCGUGGUUCCCCAAGCCCUGGAGCCCCCGCACGGACUGCAGAAGCCUCGCUUCCACGACGAGAAGUUCUACGUGUCCCAGCCGUCCAUGGUCCCCAUGCGGACACUGGCCUCGUCUGUGACGCAGUCGGCGGCGCUGGCGUUGGCCAGUCCGCAGCCGAAACCCUCGUCCUACCUGACGGCCGCGCAGCAGCAUCACAUGGCAGCGGCCGCGGCGGCCGCACAGAGGCACCCAGGCUAUCCAGGUCAACCGACGCGGUUCUAUUGAGGAACGGCGCAAGUGCCCGUUGACGUGGCCCGUCGGUGAAAGUAGCGCUUGCGGGCCGGCUAAUGCAUGGAAGGCGUGGGGUGCCCAGCUGCACAAAUAAACAUAUCAAAAUGACAGGUGAGAAUUUAGUUCCUUUUCUCUGGUUCUUUUUUUGUUGUUCUUGUUGUUGUUGCUUCCACCAAACGUAGGCUCUGCACCUUAAUUCUGAACAAUGGUUCACUUACAUAAAAACAAACUAUAUAACGUGUAGAAUCAUUACUGUCAAGGACAGUAGAAGACAAUCAAUUACAUGAUCGCACUGCAUGAUGGUACAAACAGGCACCCACACAUCUAUUUUUUCUAACUUUUCUGUAGCACACCUUGAUGUAUUAAUAAUGUUGCAGCAUGUGUCCUAUCGGAAGUGUCCUGACAUUUAUUUAUUUAUUUAUUUAUUUAUUCAUGUUACCCCUAAAGACCCCAUGGGGAGGGUAUUACGUAGGGGGGGGGAUACAAUCAUUAAUAACGCUGUGCAUAUUAGAAAAAGCAACAUCAAUGCAUAGACCAAUAAUAAAACACAGCAAUGAAAACGUAAAGCAUAGUACAAAAGGAAAGGAUGAACAAAAGAACAAUUAACAAAAUAUUACACAUUUCCAUCACAGCGAAGUGUCAGUUUCUGUGGCGAUGUGCGAUGGCAAAUUGUUCCACUGAAUGAUCGUGCGAGGAAUGACUUAGGUGGCAUGAGAGGAUGAAUGGCACUUUACGCGUUUAACUUUGAAAGAAUGAUCAUGUCGUUGAAAGGUGGCAUGGGGUGACUGAAACAAAUCAUUGUGGAGAGAUGGAUGGUGAUAAAGCGUUAAGUGAUAAAGUGUUAUGGAAAAGUGCUAAGCAAGCAAGUUUAUGGCAAUACGGUAGGUCUUCCAGCUGGGCACGCUUGUUUAGUUCUGAGACGCUUGUAUAGGAGAAGUUGUCUGAAAAAAUAAAACAAACAGCACAGCUCUGCAAGGAUUCGAUGUUAGAAAUAAUGUAGGCCUGAUCGGGGUCCCAAAUCAACGCAGCAUAUUCACUUUUAGGGCGUAUUAGAGUAACGUAAGCAAGCUUUUUUAUGUGGAUAGAUACAUGUUUGAGGUUACGUUUAAGAAGACCAAGUGAGCGGUUAGCAGACACAAGGGUAAGGUUGAUAUGGUGAUGCCAUGUUACGUCACCCAGAAGGUGUACCCCAAGGUACUUAUAAGUUGUUGUUAGUUCUACAGUACUGCUAUUAAAGAUGUAAGUGGCUGGAAUACGAGAUGUACGACGAGCGAAACACAUAUGUUUAGUUUUAGAAACGUUAAGGGUCAUUAACCAGGAUGAGCACCACGUGCUUACUGCAUUGAGGUCAGUUUGUAGGGAUUGGCGGUCAGUGUCAUUGGCAAUGUUACGGUAAAUUAUGCAAUCAUCAGCAAGGAGUCAAUCUCUGGACCCUACACACUCAGGCAAAUCAUUAAUAUAGAUUAGAAACAGUAGAGGACCGAGUACACUUCCUUGGGGUACACCAGAUGUCACAUGAGCAGAAGAUGAGUUAGAAUUCUUGACAGAAGUGAACUGAGUUCUUGACGAUAGAAAGUCUUUAAUCCAGGCGAGUACAUUAGGGUGGAUGUUAAGCUGUGCUAAUUUCAGUAGAAGUCUGUGGUGAGGGACCCGAUUGAAAGCCUUUGAAAAAUGCAGAAAUACUGCGUCGACCUGAAAGCCCACAUCAAGUGAUUACUGUAAGCCGUUAAGAAAGCCAGCGAGUUGAGUGUCACAUGAAAAACCCUUGCGGAAGCCGUGCUGAUAUUUGAAAAUAAUGUUAUGAUCUUCACGGUAGCUAAUUACUUGGCUAUGAAUGACAUGCUCAAGAAGUUUGCAAAUGGUGCUGGUUAGUGAGAUGGGUCGAUAGUUAAAAGGAGAAGAACGCUCACUUCACUUGAAUAUAGGUAUUACCUUGGCUACAUGCCAGUCAUUGGGAAUUUGCCCGUUUGAUAAUGAUUGUGAAAACAGACAGGACAAGACUGAAGAAAUGCUUUGUGAUGUACUCUUGAGUAUCUUAUUGUUAAAGCCAAGGUGGUCUGAACUACUUGGAAUUUUAAGGUUGUUCAACAAGGCUAAGAUACCAGCUUCAAUAACUAUUUCAGAAUGUGAAUAUGAAUGUCGUCAAAUAUAUUUAAUUCGGGAGAUGAACUAAUAUCUUAGUUGGUAAAAACUAAUGAAAAGAUUUCAUUAAAUAUCUGAGCACAUUCAGAUUCAUCAGUUACAAUGUCGUUACUGUCGGUAAGCAAAAUGCAAGAAUGGAAGCUAGGGUUUAUGAUGCGCCAUAAUUUAUGAGGGUUGUUGGUUAACAGCGAUACCAAGUCAUGAUUGAAAAAGAGACGUCAAAUGGAUUUUUGGAGUGACUAGUACUCCUUAUCAUUUCUUGUACUCUUCCCACGCGCUCAAACGAGCAUUUUUUACUGCCUGCUGAUAAAAUCGCUUUUUCUUACUGUUCAUGCGCCGCAACUUCUGAUUAAACUAUGGUGCGCUGCUGUUACAUUUGAUGGACAUGAGAGGCACAUAUUCAUUGAUAAGGUUAAUAAAGGUAUUUUUAAACAAAUUCCAAUUUUGCUCAACGGUUCGUAAGGAAUACUGAUUCAAGAACUCAGCAGAGAAACAAUCCAAUUCAGAGUUAAUUUUAUCAUAGUUAGCUCUGUUGUAACAGCGGAUUUGUUUAACAGUAGUUUUAUUUUAGUUAAAGGAACCUGAAAUGCGUCCUGUUAUUACAUCAUGAUCGGAAAUGCGCUCUAAGCAAAUUAUGUCUAAACAAAUGUCUGGAAUCUUUGUUAAUAUUAGGUCUAUAAUGUUGGUGGUGCUCGAUGUGCGACACGUGGGAUCAGUAAUAAGUUACGAUAGUGAGAAAUCAAGACAUGAUUGAAGAAAAAUAUCAGCUUCGCUUUCAUUAGCUGUGACAGAUUGUGUGAACCAGUUUAUACUAAGGGAAAUUGAAAUCACCGAAUAUGAGUACAGUAGAGUUUGGGAAACGUGUACAUAUUUCACACAGAAGCCGAUGAAAUUCGGCAGAAAAGCAAUUAUUCAUAUUAGGAGGGCGGUAGAUAGCAGCAACAAUUACAUCAAUAGAAGAGCGCUUUAAAGAAACCCAUACACAUUUGAGAAAUGAACUAGUCAUUACCGGCACGGUCAGCUAAUCAUUUUUUAUUGCCAAGAGUACACCACCUCCUCUACCGUUUGAUCUAUCGCAUCGAAAAAUAUUGAAACAUGUUUCGCUGACAAAAAUUGUGUUAUCUGGUAUAACAUCUGUGAGCCAUGUUUCAGUUACCGCUAUUAAUAAUGCGGAAUACGAGUUGAUUAGUGAAGAUAUUUCGACACUCUUUGGGGCAACACUUCUGAUUUUAGUGUAAAGGAAAAAAAUUGUUUUAUCGGUAUUAUACAUGGAGACUUGAGGAGGAUGGGAAACUGGGGUCUGAUCUGAGAUAAAAACAGGAGCAUGUCAUUCGUCUGUGGAUUGCUGAUAUACACAAAUUACGUGUCCAGCCUCACUGUCCCACACAUAGGCAUCAUUAUUAAUGUGAAGCUUAUUAAAGACGAGGCGAAUGCAGUCUCCAUCUUUCCUCACGGAUUUUGCAUACUGCCACAGGUGACGGUGCUUCACUCGGAUGGCCUCGGAAUAAUCACGACCGAUGCUGAAGCCUGUGUUCCUGAGCCUGGACCCGUUUCCUAUCACAGAUUCAACUUCUUUUUCAUUGUAAAAGUUAGGAAUGACUGGCCUCGUCUUACUCGUCGAAAAGCAGCCCAAACGAUGCGCUCUCACGAUCAAGGUUACCACGACUUCAAGUUUAUUAGAACAAAAGUCGCGCACGAACUGCUCCGAAGACGCCCAAGUUUCUUCGACUGUAUCAGGAAUGCCAAUGCAUUUUAAAUAUUAUUUUCAUAAAAUGUUCCGAUUUUGGUGUGUUAUAUUUCUAUGGACAUAUGUAUACACACAACGCUUAAAGGGACGCCAAAGCGAAACAAUAAAUCAGUUUAGACUAAUGAAGAAUUGUUUCAGAACCUUGCAGGCAGUCAUUUCAAAAAAAUAGUUUGAUUAUUAGAUGAGAAAAUCAAGGUCCAAGUACCAGUAUUUGAAUUUCGCGCCGAAACCCCAGCGCCGGUACGUCAGCGUGACGUCAGGGAUUCCAAAGUAUGUUUUCGCAUUUGGGCCCUGUUGGCUGAGUAAAGGUUCCCGAAACUUGCCAUGUUUAAUAUUUGGUUCCUUUAGAACACAAUGUAGUCAAUCUGUACUGCUACAUAUAAUUAGUAGGUCCUAGAAGAUGCCAUAAAAAUCCAUGACGUCACAGUCCCCAGGUGCGGGAACUUAAGUAGGCGUCGCCACCCGUAUUUCGUUCUUGCGCUUUUUCUGGCUUACCACAACGUCUUAUAGUUGUAAGAGUGGUGUUUUUGGUGUUGUAGAAAGGUAAUUUACUGGUGCAGAAGAAAUCAUUUUUCACUUUAGUGUCCCUCUAAGUAGGGCAUUGGCCUCUUUCAUUUGGUACAUAUAUGUUUUGUUAUGUGACAUAUGGGUGGAAGACGAUGAUGUCGGACAAAAAUGUAAUGCAGAGAUCAAAGACAGAGAAAUGUCACAGUGCAGAUCAAAUAAUCCCUUAUAUGGUCUGAACCUUUAUGAUUUGUCGUAUCAAUAUUACCCCUUUAAGCAAUAAAGCCAAAGACAGCAGAAAGUCAA